ACGAAUUUUGUUGAUCAUUUUGUUUAUAAGUAUCAUGCAUUAGAAUUUACACUACCCAAUGUCAUACAUGUAUUUACAUUCUUCGACGGUGAAUAAUUAAUUACAUUCUUCCACCUAACCUUUUAGUUUCUUGUAGUUUCUUGUAGUUUCUUGUAGUUUCUAGUAUUAAAUCAUGAACAACACAUAUGUCUUCGAAGAUAAAAGGGUCUCGGUGUUGUUGGAUCAAGCUACAGAAAAACAAAAAGAAGUACAAACAAGAUUAGAUGCUUUGAAUUCAUUUAAACAAUUAGUUGAGGAACAAAGUAUUAUAUUACAGCCCGAAAUAUUACAUACAAUUAGUGGUUUAUUGCGAGAUUCUGUAAAUGAAAUAAAAGAAUGGAUUGUAGAUUUUUUGGAUUUUACUUUUAUGAAAAUUGGAUUAUCGCGGACAUUACGGAAAGAUAGUUUAGAAAAAGUGUUACCUUCCAUAGGAUAUAUUAUCAACUACGAAUCAUCUCCUGCUAUAAUUAAAAAAGCAAUACUUUGGAAUGCGUCAGUUUAUCCAUUAAUAUUUGAAAGAGUAGUCGAAAAUGCAUCAGAUUCCACUUCUCUUUGGAAUAUUUCUUUAUCUAUCAAGUCUCAAAUAAUGAGAUUUUUUGAUUCAGAAAAUACUAGUCAAGGCAUUAAAUUUUGUGCCGUUAAGUACCUUGUAACGGUUGCAAAAGUUCAAUCUCGUCGUAUGCCGGAUUCUUUGGGUAAACCUGAAGAAGACAUUUCGUUGUCCCAUUGUCAUUCUUUACAUCCCAUAUUGGAUUUACAAUAUCUUGAAAAAGAGUCAAUUUCAAUCGUUAAUGGAAUGUUGACAGUAAUGCGAACAGAAUCAAGUAGCGUCAUUACGGCUAUAAUCAAUGCGUUUGGACCCUUAUUGAGGGUAAGACCACAAUAUGUCUUAACAUUUGUUAAUCAUGUUGUAUCAUGGACUAAAAUCCCGGAAAGAAACUUGCGUUUAAGUCAAUUUCAGAUUAGGAGUGUUAAUAAGUCUAUGAAGGUGCAAUUGAUGGCAUUAUUAAGAAUACAUGAAAAUGCAACUUUCGUUAUGGAAAUUCUUAAUGCUAUAAUUGCAUUAGGAGGCAAGAAUGAUCCUUCCAAGUUUCCAAGACAGUUCCGUAGGCAUUUACAAAGAGAUUCUAUUGAAGAAAAUGGACGUGGAGCUGUACAAAGGAUUCCAAAUACUCAACAAUCAAAUAUUAGUUUUGAUCCUUCGCAAUUUGCGCUUCCUUUUGUUGUUGAAGUCAUUUGUUUAGUUUUAAAAACGAUUCCACAAGAAAGAUUGAAUCAAGCUAAAAAGGCAAUACAAGAACGAAAUGCCAAACAAGCAGCAUUAGCAGCACCAUCAGUACCGCAGCCUGAAACUGAAUCAAAACCAAAAGUUCGGGAUCAAAAACCACGUGAUCCACGUUUAGAAGAGGAGGAAGAAGAGGAUGAUGAUGAUGAGUAUGACGCGGGUAAUGCGAUCAUUGUUGAAGAUGACAGAUUGGAAAGAGUGAUAAAUGAAAUAGUUCAAGAAAUACCUUUAGAUUCUGAUUCUGAUUUAUCAGUUGAAAUGGAAGAUAAAAAAUUCAAAUAUGAACCUACGUCUCCUCCAUAUGAAGUUAAUGAUAUGGAUAUCGAGGAUGUUUACAAUGAUGAUAUUGCUGCAGAGCCACCGAAAUCAGAUAUGAUGGAAGAUAUAACUCCAACUCCACCUGAAGUCGAAUCAACGCCGGAACCACAAGUUGUUUCUAUUCCCGCUUUCAAAUUUCAACCUUAUGCCCUUCCACCUCCUGAAUCUUUAUCACAUGAUCAAUCUAAUUCUUUCAUAAAAAAUGCCUUUGAAAAUAUAUUGGACGUUGAAGCUGCGUUAUCUGCUGAUGUAAAAGAUAAACGUUCGAAUGUUGUUCUGACAACUUUGUCUAAUGGGAAACGACUGUCAAAGUCACAAUUGCACAUAAUGGCUUCAAGGUUUUUGACGCGAGGUCUUGAGACUUUUGAGGAUGAUCGUAAACAAUUUGAUGAUUUAAGAGAAUUGGUCAUUAAAUUCAUACUGAAAGAUUUCAGAAAUAAAACGGAUUUUGCGUUAACAUGGCUUGACGAGGAAUGGUAUCAUGACUCCAUCAUGUUGCGUAAAGACCCAUCAUAUAAAUCCAAUUACUCAAUUUGGUUAUGUAGAUUGUUAGACAGGAUUAUGCCAGCACUUGAAGAUCGUAUAUUUACACAAUUUCUCUUAGAUGUUCCCGAAUUGUUUGAAGAUGCUGUUGAUCGCAUCAAGAUCUUUUGUAACGAUCCUGAUAGGAGUUCUCUUGGAUUCACUACUCUAAGCGAAUUGAUCGAACUUCGGCCACCAGCAAGACCAUUUUGUCUAAAAAUCCUAUUAGCAUAUUGUCUGCAUAAAGAUGAACGGCCAAGAAGUUCCGCUAUUACUACCGCUAACAAAUGGUUUCCAGUUCAUCCAGUGAUUGGUGGCGAGGUUGAAUCUUUUGCAUUACAGUCAUUAAAACAACUUACCCAAGAGGUACCGCCUCCAACGUACGACUAUCAUUAUCAUCAUAGUGAAGUUUCAGAAUUAGCAAAGGAAGAAGUAAAAGACGAGGAAAAGAAAUGGACACAAAUAGACGUAGAGCGACAUCUUGAUUUAUUUCUUUCUUUGUGUGCAAAAAAAAGACAAUUAUUUGAAAAAUUAGUUUCAAUCUACAUCGAAUCAUCAGAUUCCAUUCAAAAGUUUAUUCGUAAUUACUCACAAAAAAUUAUUGAUACAAUUGGGUUAACUGGAUUAAUAGAAUUAUUCCAAACUUUUCCAGACGGUGCUGAAGAUUUUGUAUUGAGAUUAUUAAUCGUAUAUACAAAUAAGACAGUGCAACCGCCAACACAGUUAAUAAAUACUGCAAAGUCUGUAAUUGUACAGAGAAAUCUAGAUGGAAGAUUUCUAUUUCCGAUUAUUGCAUACUUUGAAAAGGAAGAAAUAUUACGACAUCUUCCUAAAGUCAUAUUAACGCUUGAUGCAACAGAAAAACAGAGAGAAAUUGUAAAAAAAGUUUUCUCGAAGAUUAUAACAAUUUCUGCAAAAACUCCUACACCACUGGAACCAAGAGAAUUGUUGGUUUUUUUACAUCAAUUGAAGCAAAAUGAAGUUCCAUUAAAACACUCUGUUGAAGCAAUUCAUGUGUGCUUUAAGUUAACAAAUAUAUUCACUUCACAAAUAUUGGGUGCGGUGUUGCAGCAUUUAUCUGUACAACCCGAAUUGCCACCACCUUUUAUGAGAACGGUGACAUUGAGUGUUAGAGCAUAUAAAAAUUUAUCUGGAUUUGUAAAUGAAUUAUUGUUGCGAUAUAUUAAUCAGAUUUGGCAGAAUGAGAUGUUACGUAAAGGAUUUAUAUUGUAUUGUACAGAAUAUUGCCUUAAGAUACAACCAAAUGAUUUUAAAUUCUUAUUACGAUUACCUAAAACUCAAAUAUUAGACGUAUUAGAACAAAGUGAUAGUACGUUAAAAAAGCAAUUUAGAAACACUAUAUUAGAAUCUAAUGCAGAUCAAAGACGGUUACUACCAGGAUAUUUGAUUGAAUUGUUAGAAAUCAAUAAUUAAAAUUAGUUUCAACUUUUUUUUUCCUUUUAAAUAAUUGUUAAUCAAAUAAAAUUUGUUUAAGUUUUGU